CUGGGUUCUUGAAUCUAUGCUACAGACCUGGUUAAAAGUCAUGCACCUCUGUGAUCAAAGCAUUUGUUCUGCCUGCGCUCUUGUCCAUCUCAUCACUUUUUUCUCAUUCUUCUUUCCUUGGACGGCUUCUUCUGUCCUCCAGCUGACCCAUCUCUUAUUCCCCACAUGAAUGUGUCAUUGUUUCUAUCAGCUCAGAGGUUUAUGGCUGCUGAAACGGAGCGAGGUGAUGCUCUGCAGGACGGUGCCAAAGAUCCAACAUUCCUUUCUGUUUACCUUCUCUUUAGUCGAUCAAGCCCUCCUCCUUGUGGUUCCUGACGGAUGCUGGUGACACCCUCCACAGCCACGGUUGUGGGGCAAAUGACAGGACCAGUCACACCCCUGAAGUAACCCCUCAGGAUGUAUAAAUAAAGGGAGCAAACGGAGAAGAGGAAGAAGAAGCUGACCAAACCUGAUGAAGAUGGAGCUCCCCACUGCUAAAUGGAUGCUUGCAGCUGCAUGCUUUCUUCUGAGUGUCUGUGGAGGCUCUGCAGCGCCUACGGAAUGCUACUUUAACUCCAGAGCUCAAUGUGAGUUUGAAGGGAAGCACUUCUUGCUGGGGGAGUCCUGGAUGGACAACUCUUGCAUGCAGUGCACCUGCCUUCAUCCUGUCGGCGUCGGCUGCUGUGAAAUGUUGCACCGUCCAGUAGAUUUCCCCGCAUGGUGUAAGGUGCAAAUUGAGCCGGUGAGCUGCAAGGUGUUUCUGGUCCAAACUGCUGACCCUCGCCUGCCAUGCUCCCCAGGCGAAGCAAACCAUGACCCAAGCCAUGGAUCACUUCAUCUGCAGCAACAGCUUGAGGUCUGGAGAAGCCCGGACAUCAACAAAACUCCAAGAACUCCAACCACUUUGCCUGCAGAGCUGCUUCUCACCACAGCAACCAACAGCAGCCAAUCUGCAGAUACCUAAUCCUCUGAAAAUCUGUGAUUCUCUAAGGAAUAAUUGUUUUAUUACAUUUUUAUAGUAAAAACAAUUAUUACUCCACUUAUAUCUUUUUGUGAAUAACAUGUCUAAAUAUUGUGUUUUUCUGUUUAUUCUGACCUGUUCUCUGCUGUAACACAUGUAAACACCCAAAAAAAUUCACGGUUCUGAAUAAAAAUCGACAAAAAUUGUGA